AUGACCACGCCUUCCCCAUCUCCACAUCCGCUUCUGGGUCCUUCAGAUCAUCUUCGUCUCCACCCCAACGUGGUGUAUCUGGGACAUGUCAUGCAUGUCAUCCCACAGGAGAAACAAACUGAGGCAACGGCUAAGUCAGGCAGUGCAAUGAGAUGGGGAAAAUGCCUAAAUUCUGAUGAGAAGGGUCAUGUCAAAUCAAAGGUGACUUGCUGGUCAGUUUACAUGGUCAAUAUCUUCUUCAGGAUUUUGCUGGAGAUAGUGUUUAUAGUGGGUCAUAUACUUGUAUGGGUUUGUGCUGGACCCCAAGAUUGAAUGCAGCAGAGCUCCCUGUCCGUUCACUGUAGAAUGCUUCAUGUCACGACCAACAGAGAAGACCAUCUUCAUCAUCUCAUGCUGGGGUGGCGUGCGCAUCUCUGCUGCUGAAUGUUGGUGGAGAUAUUCUAUCUGAUCUGCUCCAAGUGUGGUUCUGGCUCAGAAGAUGAGCUCAAGCAGUUCCAGCCAUCGCAAUGCACAGCCGUCUGA